AAUUUUGCGAAAUUCGUCACAGAAUUUUGCAAUCAUAUGACUUGCAAUGGCUGCCAAUUUUGUGUAAACUUAGUUAGGUUUUUUUAAUAUAGUGCAGCAAAAAUGAGAUAAAAGUUAAAGAAAUUUUGUCUGAUUCACCAUGGGUUCACAACGCAGCUUUUGGGCGUUAUUGUGUGUCUGUUUCUUCGUUGUAAUGUUAGUUUCUGUUGAUGGAAAUCGAAAGGUCAGUGUGACUGUGUGAGUGAGUGUGACACCAUGAUUUCUAAUAUGGCGUAUAGCUAUUUGGUAAUCAGAUGUGUUUUAUAGGGUCUGUUUAUAUGGAGACGAGCCAACCCGGUUACCGACAUUUGUUAUAUUUCUGUCUAUGUGACUAAUAUGAAACCAAGCUAGUACAUGCCUAACUGGGUUACUGCCUUACUGGGAUCCAGGCUCGACUGAUCCGGGAUCUUGGUAUACUAUAAAUAGUACCAUUUCCACUCAAGAAAAAUUUUCACGGACAGAAAAUUUUCCGAAAAUAUCAUUGUUAAAAGUACCCUGAGGCCAAAUAAAAAUAAUAGUUGGUUUCAGGUUCCCGACCGACCUGUCAAAAAUAUGACCAACCAUAAACAUUUUAUUGGGUCGUUCCAGAAAAGAUCCAUACUCCCCUCACGGAGGAAAUUUCUGCCAUCUGGAGGGGGAGGGGAAAAAAAAUUGUUUCUGAUAAUAGUAAAUGUAUUAGGACAUCCGAAGGAGGUAGGGGGUUAACUUCCCAUUUCCUCCGUGGGCAUUUCCCAUUGGCAUUUCCCAAUAGAGAUCAUCUUUUCGUAAAUAACAGAAUAUAUAAGUAGUCAUCAGACUCAUUUGUCUGUAGACAUUUGUCUCUUAUAAUUUAAUCAUUAUCUAGUCAUGUUAAUCAUAGUUUUACACAAAGAACAGUUGAAUAAAAUAUUAAAAACGUACAUUAUUCUGACAUUGCAGCUACGGCUGAAAAAGAGACAAAAACGCCUUGAUGCAUUUGUUUCUUGCGAAACACAUGUAGCUUGUGGGUGAUCCUGUUAUUGUAUACUUGAGAUAAAAUAUUUUUUUAAAUAAAAUGUUUUUCCGACCUAGUCCUACCCACAUAAAACAUGACUGUGAAACCUGAAACCAACUAUUAUUUUUAUUUGGCCUGAGAGUAGAGCCUGAUUUCACUUUGCGUAGGAAAUAUAUUUAAGGCUCUGAAAAUUUUCAACUUCAAAAUUUUUUCCCUACAGAAAAUUUUUACAAAAUUUUCUUUCUGUGGAAAAUUUCCUGGGUGGAAUUGGGCAUUAACCUAGGACUUUCAAGCUGGGAGAUCCGAGUUCAAUCCUUGGCCGGACCUCUACUCAAGGUCUUAAAAUAAUUGAGGAGAAAGUGCUACCUUUACAUUGACAUCAGUAAGGAUACAGUCUGUUGGGAAAUCCGCUCACCAGUCAGGGUUUUUUUCAGGGAUUUUUUAAGGCCGUUAAACGGCCCCAAAAACUCAAUCUUGAAUUGAGUUUUGAAACUCAAUCUUCUCACCAAAGUUUCGGUGCAGUAAAAAUGAAGUUGUUUGAGUUAAAUUUGUGACGUGUGGAAAUUAGCUUUCAGUUGAAAACUCGACAAUUAAGAAAAAAUGGCUGGAAUUCAUGUCACAACACAAGAAAAACUAUGCAUUCGCCAUCUUUAACUAGUUUAUAGUGUCUCUCGGCUCGUCCCUCAGUGCCCCUGCUUUAACACAUUCAGUGUCAACUACAUUUAUUGAGUACAAGUGUCAGCCACCGGUAGGGGGGGGGGGAUGCAGCCACCCCAGCUGUUCAGCUAAACUCAAUCUUCUCUGCAAAAACGGACCCAAGAGAAAAUCCUAAAAAAAAACCUGCCAAUGAGUGAGAAACUCAGUACACAAUUAAAUCAUAUACAUUAUUUAUAUCAUAGUUAUUCACAAAAGUUUUUCCAUGCCCAACAUCAAAUUGCACUCAUGAUUCAAGUAUCAUUUGGGUCAAGGCUAAUACAACUGACAACAACUCGACCAUUCACUACCUGUGGACAACAUACCCUGUUCCUACAAUUGUCGUAGCGUACACAACAUUACAAGAUGUCGAACUUCUAGUAGACUGGUCAAAAUUGACAAACGAUAGUUCUCGUAUGUUGGGGUUAAGAUUUGAACCUGCCGUCGAAUAUACAUUUGGUUUUGCGAUCCCGCGGAUAUAUGAAUAUGAUGACGAUGAUGAUAAUGUUGACUUGAAUGACAAUACCUACAUGGUCGUUCAUGAAUUUACGGAGAGUACAAAGUGGCAAGUGGAUUUUGAUAACUCUACAGCACAAGUUACGUAUACGGCACAUGAUUCGAUCAUUUUUAAGGUAUGAAUCGUGUGUGUUUUUAAAUUUGGCCGGAAUUUAGUUGUUCGCCACAGCUGCGGAUCUAGCCUCAUAGAUCUGCAAGGAGGGGUGCAGGUUUUCCAUGGGGGUGGUGCAUGAGGGAGCCUUACUGCCCACUCUCCUCUGCAGUCUGCAAUGCUGCUAUCCCAACAUUACCAUUAUUUGAGAUGGCCGAAUAUGCAUGUUCACUGUCCUGUUAUGUUUUACAAUUUUAUUUAUCUUUUGUUCAGGGCUGCAAAUAAAUAUUUGACUUGACAGGACAUUUGUCUGAUCACUUUUAAUUUUGGUCGGAAAUAACUUGAAUUUGGUCGGAUAAAAACCAACACCACUAAAUUUGGUCGGACAUAUAUACGUCACAAGAUAUAUAUAAGUCACGAGACAAGUUUGUAUAGCCAUUCCGACGCAACUUUAAGUAAAAUGCUAGAAUGCCUUAUUGCAAAAUGCAAAUUGAGUGAAUUUGCAAUCGGAUUUUGUCACAGCAAAAAAAUGUAUAAUGUGACAAUUUUUUUGUGGUCGGACCAAUGUCCGAUCAAAAUUACUUUUGCUCGGACAUUUGUCAAAUUUAGUCGGACACUGUCCGAUUUCUGACAGUAAUUUGCAGCCCUGUUUGUUUAUAAAGUUUAUAUCGGCUUUUUAUUAUGUAUAUUAUUAUGUACUUGUUAACCCAUUGAGUGGCGGCACUCUCCCCCUAUCUGGCGUUAGACAGAAUAAAAUGAUAAAAUAGGGCGCAUCAGGACGCAUUGCCACUUAAUUAAAGGGUUAAAGUACGGUAUGUUUGAAAAUAUGGCUGUAUAACAACCUUUACAUAUUUAACCCUGAUGAUAUUUAACUGAAGCAUUCUGAGUAUUUUCUCAGGAGCUCACAAAUCAAUUAAUUAAAUUGUUUCAAUAUGCUAAUAAAUCACAUGCUAACAGUUCCACUAAUCGCUAUUCGAAAAGCAGAAUAUCAAUAGUCGAGCAGGUUUUUUUGGGUGGUGGUAGACUUCUCUUGGGGGGUGUUAGACACCACUAGGUGGGUGCACCUCCCCCCCUCCCCCCCCCCCUUGUACCCUCACGAUAGAUCCAACCCUUGUCAGCCAAAAGUUUUGUUAUGUUCUUGAAAUGAAAUGAAAAGUCAAGUUCGAGACUUGAAAUGAAAUGAAAAGUCAAGUGCAAUUCACCCUAUAUAAUAUAAAAUAUACUCUGUGUUUAUUUUUAGUUUAUAGCCUCACAUUCAGAAGAUCGUGAAUCAGAAUUGCCCCAUCAAAAAUACACUGCUGACAGCAACAGAUUCUCACUCACAUUAAACCGUAUGAAUGUUUCCACCAAUAGCACAAGAUUCGCCGUUGAAAUAAACUACAUCGUUGACGAGGGUUAUAAGCCCGACAUUACGACGGAAAAAAACUUCGAUGACGAAUAUACGCCUGCUGUUUUUAAAACUGUUUAUGGUAAAGUUGGGGGCAAAUAUGGCAAGGCAUAUUCACAAUGGAAACCUAUUGCAUAUACCAAAGCUGAGCUUGGAAGAAAGUAUCAAACUAAAGCUUUGGAAGGUGGUGUUGAGAAUGUUGUUAAUAGGUCUUGGAAUAUCGGUGAGGUCGCAAUGCAUGAACUCUAUAAAAUAUAUGGUUUGAAUGUGUCGUUUGGUUUAGCUAAGGAUGGAUUUUAUCAGAAGCAUAAAUAUUUGAUAUGGUAAGAGAUAGGUUAUGGUUAUCACCACUACCAUGGUGACA